CAUGCGCUGUGUCCCAAGCGGCGGCAUCCCCUUGGGGCUGGUGUUACUGGUCUGUGGAGCCCACGGCUUUUUCCUGCCCAAUGUCACGCACUUAGAGAAGCUGCUCAGCAAAUACCAGCAGGACGAGCCCCACUCGCGCAUGCGGAGGGCCAUCCCCAGGUCAGACAAGGAGGAGAUCCUCAUGCUCCACAACAAGCUGCGGGGCCAGGUGUACCCAUCGGCCUCCAACAUGGAGUACAUGACCUGGGAUGAAGAGCUGGAGAAGUCGGCGGCAGCCUGGGCCCACGAGUGCAUCUGGGAGCACGGGCCCACCAGUCUGCUGGUGUCCAUUGGGCAGAACCUGGCUGUCCACUGGGGCAGGUAUCGCUCACCCGGGUCCCACGUGCAGUCCUGGUAUGACGAGGUGAAGGACUAUACUUACCCAUAUCCUCACGAGUGCAACCCCUGGUGUCCAGAGAGGUGCUCGGGGCCCAUGUGCACCCACUACACACAGAUAGUAUGGGCCACCACCAACAAGGUCGGCUGUGCUGUGAACACCUGCCAGAGGAUGAACGUCUGGGGAGAUGUUUGGGAGAACGCGGUCUACCUCGUCUGCAAUUACUCCCCAAAGGGGAACUGGAUUGGAGAAGCCCCCUACAGAAACGGCCGGCCCUGCUCCGCGUGCCCGCCCAGCUACGGAGGCGGCUGCAGGAACAACUUGUGUUACCGAGAACAGACCCAUGACCAAAAGCCUGAAACAGAUGAGAUGAACGAGGUGGAAACGGCUCCUGUCGCCGAGGACAAACAUGUCUGGGCCCAGCCGAGGGGCAGCAGACCUACGAAGCCCAAGAAGACGAAAACCUCCACCGUCACCUACAUGACCCAAGUCGUCAGGUGUGACACCAAGAUGAAGGACAAGUGCAAAGGGUCCACGUGCAACAGGUAUCAGUGCCCGGCAGGCUGCCUGAAAAACAAAGCGAAGAUUUUUGGAACUCUGUUUUAUGAAAGCUCAUCCAGCAUAUGCCGGGCUGCCAUCCACUACGGGGUCCUCGAUGACAAAGGAGGCCUGGUGGAUGUCACCAGGAAUGGGAAGGUCCCCUUCUUUGUCAAGUCUGAGAGACACGGCGUGGAGUCUUUGAGGUAA